UUAGGGAGGCAUCACAGCAUUAAUGAAUAAUUCAGUGUUAUUCAUUAAUGCAACUGUUAUCCUGCUGAUAACAGUUGGCUGAACUGACUGGAUCACGUGGUGAAUCACAAAAGGGACACGAUAUAAAUAGCAGGUCUGUCACAGUGCCACUCACCUUAGUGAACUACAUACAGUACAACGUGCUGGGUGUUGUCUGAGGCUGUUUCAUUCUUAAUAGUACAUUGUGGUACAUUGUUCUAUAUGUUUUUCUUUUCAUAGUUAGGCAAAGGCGUCGCUGAUGGAUCCAGAGCAGAAAGUUGCUGCUGUUUUAAACAACACGUUUGUUCGUCCCGCAGCCUUUUAUCUAACUGGGUUUUCCAACCUGCCUUACGCUAACUAUUACUACGUUUUUCUGUGUUUCAUCUACAUCCUGACUGUCCUAGGAAAUGGAUUCCUCCUGUCACUGAUCUACCUGGGUAAAAUGCUUCAUACGCCUAAAUACAUGAUUGUGUUCAGCCUGGCUUUAACAGAUCUGUGUGGCAGCACUGCUCUCAUCCCUAAAGUCCUGGACACGUUCUUGUUUGACAGGAGGUACAUUGUCUAUGAGGCUUGUUUGAGUUACAUGUUUUUUGUGUGGUUUUUUGCAUGUGUGCAGUCGUGGACACUCGUCACUAUGGCCUAUGACAGGUUUGUUGCCAUUUGUUUUCCUCUGAGGUACCACAGAAUUGUAACGAAGCCAUCUGUUGCUGCAGUGCUGCUGUUUGCGUGGGGUCUUUCACUGAGUGUGAUCGCAUGCAUGGUUGGGCUCAUUGAUCGCCUCUCCUUCUGUGGAUCGGUGGUGGUACAAAGCUUUUACUGUGACCACGGACCCUUGUUUCGCCUAGCCUGUAAUGACAAGUCUUGGAAUCUUACACUUGCAUUUCUUGCCACUGUUGUUUUAAUUGGUAUCCCCCUCAUAUUAAUAGCAUUUACAUAUCUUUGUAUUUCGAUAGCUCUACGCAGAAUUGCGUCAGGAGCAGAACGUCUCAAAGCGUUUAAAACUUGUACUUCUCAUCUGAUUCUUGUGGCUAUUUUCUUCCUUCCACUUUUGGGAACCAGCAUAGCUACGAUGGUCUCCAUCUCUAACAUCCACACUAACGCCAGGAUCAUCAACUCCACUUUGACACACACGGUGCCGUCUUUGCUGAACCCUAUAAUCUAUUCUUUAAAGACUGAAGAAGUGUUAAACUGUAUCAGAAGACUUUGUAGAAAUAACUGGUUUCACAACUCAGUCUCACUUAAAAAGAUAACUUCACUGUAACUGCUUUUAAUAAAUGUGACUUUUUACUUUGUAAACAUAAAUUUUCUGUAUUUCAUCAUAAAACUCUAAACGUAUAUAUGUAACCCAGGAAAACCUCUUAUUUCAAAAAUCGGACUUAAAGUGUGCACAACUUGUACUAAUUAUUGUACCAGUAUUGCAAUUGCUAUACAAUCAAAGGUCAAUUUCAGCUACCUUAUAAAAUAUAAAAUUGCAUAGACCUUCAGUUAGUGAACUUGGUAAUUAACACAGAAUCACUUACAGUACAUUUAUCAUUAUAUUAAUUGUGGUUUUACAGGUUACAUAGAAAAAUCUUCUGAUUCAAAAGCAUAAGGAUUAUUCCAUCUUACAUAUAGUCCUUUAUCAGGACUUAGUAUCUAUUUAUGUUAUACAAUAUAAAAUAUAUCCCCUGAAUUUGUAAAGGAUUAACAAGUCCAA